AAUUCACAACGAUAUUUUUCUAUCGUCCUAGAAGUCAGAUUCUUCAGGAUCACUGCAAUCGUCGGUGAAUCUACAACAACACAAGCAUGCGUUAUCUCCCCAGAUGGAGAAUGGCUACACGUGGAGCUAUCAAUCGACUAUAACAGCUCAUCACACGUCAUUGCAAAGUUGGAUCAUAACAAAACAUUCGAAAAACCAACCUCUGUAGAAAGAUUUAACGGUAGCAUCAACAUGGACGGUGAUGAUAUUGUUGUAAGAUUAACUGUGGACUUAACAUCACCGAAAUCAGACUUCUGCACAUGGGAUGGCCGAUACUUUAUGAAAUGCUCAGUGACUAUGAACGAUACCAUGCAAACCAGGAAAAGUAAUGGAAGUCGAAUUUCAAUUACAGGUGCAGCACCUACUUUGAUAGUGAAUCCUGAUAUUUAUGAAAGGUUUACAAGGCAAGGUUUAAAUCAUAUUUGCAAAACAGUGCACACUGGAGGCAUUCAAAGUGAGAAAUACCUAGAAAUUCAAGUUUAUCGUCCAAACCAUACAACUGGAUUUAGAUACUCAAAGAAAAUACCGGAAUCAGAAAAGGAGUUUAAUUCAGAGAACAACAUUACAUAUAUAAACAUAACGGGAAGUACUGCCAGGUUUCUCCUUGUUUCUGACUUUACUUCGAACAAUUCAUGCAACAAUAUCCAGACCAUCACAUUUUUAUUGGAUCGGCCGAUAGAGUUUGACAAAGGCAUUGUCAAAUGUGUUUUGAGAGAUGAUAAUUUCGAAUAUGCAUAUGCCGCAGAAAUCAUAAGUGUUAUUCCAGACGAAUAUUGUUUUGGUUACGAAGAUAUACCAAAACGAAAUCAUCCAAACAACGAUUGUUUUUACUUCGUGAAUUGUUUUGAGGACGGUGGCCGUAUGUAUGCAAUAGGAGACAACUGUAGAACUCCCGGUAAAUGUAUGGACUUCAGUCUUGGGUAUUGCGUUGACUGUCACGAAAAUUUUACCUGUAAAGGUCCCGAACCAAUAACAACUACAACUACAUUAGCUCCAGGAAAAACAUAUGUACAAUGUUCUGAUGUCUCUCAGAAAGAAGGUUUACCCAUCAUAAUCAACUGCACAGUCCUCGAUGACACAUUUCAAAGCCUGAUUGUAACUUUGACUUCAUCUUCUAAUGGAAAUAAAGAAAAAAAGAUUGGCGUAAUAUUACCUGAUGGAACAAUUCAAAACCAAGCAAGAUCAUCCCCAGUUUUAAAUACAACAUUUUCUGUGGGUUCUAAAUAUAUUCAUUUUGUCAUUGGUUCAUCUUCAUGUAUGGAGGAAGGAAAAUACUCUCUGACAAACACAAACGUUUCCAUGGACACACAGCCAUCGAUCUCAGCUUUCUUCUUUGAUAAUUUAGUUCCUUUGAAAGGGCUUACAAUCAAUAGUGAAUCAUUGUACAAGGAAGGGAAGCCCUUAAAAUUUAACUGUACGGCUACAGUGGACUCUGACCAUACAGAACUUCUAGGAUACUACAAGCUUCCAUCUGACAGUUCUUACGUAAAAGUCCAAGGAGAACAAACUAUUUUACAAACAUUUUCUCAAAACUGUACAAAAUCAGUGUUAUCGAGGUUUGAUACUGGUCUGAUAGUCUCAGCAAAUUUAAACGGAACUAAGCUGAAAUGUCUGUACAACGAAAUCAGCCCAGAAGCAUCCGAAGAAAAACAUGUUAAGAUACAGUCAGCAGAUGUUGCUUUUAAUACGUAUAAACUUAAAGCAGAAGUACAAAGUAAAGCAAACUUUACAUGCCUCGUAAGAAGUACUGGAUCAUAUAAAGCAAUAAAGAUCUUAAAAAUAAUCAACAGCACAUCAAUGAUAAAAAUGGCCUCCUAUACACCAUCAUCUGAUUCAGUACAAAGUGUAGCCGGGGUUGAUGCAAAUAUCAGCAGCAAUGCUCUUACCUUGAUAUUUGCUUCAGUAAAGUGCUCUGACGAAGGGCAAUAUAAUUGUACGGUGAUAAUGGAUGAUGAUUCUGAAGAACAGCCUCCUCUUUCACUUAACAUUCAAGUAACAACAUUACCGGGCUCCUCGACUGUUGAGUUGUUUGUGGACCCAGACAUUGUCGAAGGCAGAUUUUCCCCAUUUCAUUAUUGCCUUGGUUCUGUUGGGUACCCGGAUGUUGGAGGUUAUUUAGAGAUUACCUUCGUCCAUCCUUUGACGAGCGAAAAUAUAACACUUAAUAAAGAAAGCUUGCGGACUACUUCUAGAGAUGAAAUGGAAAUUGAAAGCACUCUUAUGCCAUACAUCAAAGAAGAUUGCAAAACUUUGGAGAAAAUUUCAUUCAAAAUUAAACCUUCAAGGAAAUGGAAUAGAGGAAAAAUCGUAUGUGAAGUUAAAAGCAAUAAUGAAUCGGUUCAAAAGGCUACAAAAGAGGAGGUUCUCUACGUUAUUGACGCAUCAUUCUGCAACGCUACGAACAACCAAGAAAUCUAUUUAGACCAUGAAAAAAAGGAUUUUUGUAAUACCUAUGUACAAUGCAGUAGGGGAAAUCCCUAUGGAAAACGUUGUCCUCCAAAUCUGUGUGUAUUCAUCGGAGAAGCUUAUUGUGAUGACUGUUUUCGUGUGAAAUGUACAGAAGAUGUAACGAGUACGGAACCAACAACUGAUUUGGUCACUGAGACAACAACAAUAACAACACCAACAACAACGCAGCUUGGAUCUCAGUAUCUUAGUUGCACAUCAAUAUUCGUAAAUGAAGGAGAAACAGCAACGAUUUCCUGUGUAUUAAACAUCACCUCUUUUGAUUAUAUUUCUAUAUCAAAUAGCAAGGGAAGUAUAUUGUCUGUUUUUGCAAAUACAACAGUAAUGUAUACCGAGAACAGGUCUGCCGCAAAAUUUGAAUGCACAGUAACUGGAACAGCGUUAGCAUUUGCUAUAAAAACUGUGCAAUGCAAUGACUCUGUGGAAUAUGAGUUUGAACUAUAUUCGGAGGGAAUACUCUCGAGUUCUGUCACAGCAUCUGUACUUAUGAAGACGAAACCAUUAUCUCCAGAACUGACAAUUAGCUACAGGUUGGAGAUGGGUAAAAACCAACCAAUUCACACUUGCAAAGGUUAUGUUGGAAACCCAAAGGGUACCCUAGAGCUGGAAAUAAAAAAUACUACAUCAGGAAAUUUUAGCAAAUACAUUCCUACCACGCAAAGUUUUGGCUUCUCAGUUCUUGAGAAUUGUAAUAAUCAAUUGGUUCUAACAUUUUCAAUAGACCUUACAAUAGAUAAUUUAUCUGAUCACUACCUGAGGUGUCUGGCUAAAGAUACAAAGACUUUGCCAGACAGCGAUCCCAUUCCAAUGUCAAACGAAGUUCCAAUAGUUCCACUUGAAGCAAAUCCUUGCAGCGGGAUCAUCGGGUUUUUCAUACAUCCAAGAGACUGUAGAUAUUACAUUCAAUGUAAUAAUAACAAUAUUGGUCACAUAUUUAAUUGUGAAUCAAAAUGUUUUAACCUCACAAGUUCACAAUGUUGA